CACACCGAUCAAGUUCAUAAAUUGACACCCCCCGCCCCAGAGUGGUCUGCUCCUUUCCCGGUCUCACUUCAUCGGUAUUCUUUCUCUGUAAUUUGCAGCUCGCGGCGCAACCAUGGGAACCCCCCGCCUCGCGCUCCACCUCCUGCUCCUCUCCAGCGUGCUCCUCUUCGAUGCCCUCCUCGCCACGCCUGCGGAGGGCCUUGUCCGCGUCGCGCUGAAGAAGCGUCCGGUUGACGACGCCCAGCUACUCGUCGCUCUCGGCGGCAACGCCGAGGCAAAGGGCCACGUCGUGGCACUGAAGAACUACCACAACGCUCAGUACCACGGCGAGAUCGGCAUCGGAACGCCGCCGCAGAACUUCACCGUCAUCUUCGACACAGGCAGCUCCAACCUCUGGGUGCCCUCCUCCAAGUGCUUCCUCUCGAUUGCUUGCUACUUCCACGCGAGCUACAAGGCCAAGCGGUCGAGCACGUACAAGAAGAAUGGAAAAAUGGUUGCAAUUCAAUAUGGAACUGGUGCAAUUUCUAGAUAUGUUAGCCAGGACAAUGUGCAAGUUGGUGGUGUAGUUGUGAAAAAUCAGGAUUUUAUUGAAGCUACCAGGGAACCAAGUAUUACUUUUAUGGUUGCAAAAUUUGAUGGCAUUCUUGGUCUUGGGUUUAAAGAAAUCUCAAAAGGUGAUGUUGUACCUGUCUGGUAUAACAUGGUUAGCCAAGGUCUAGUUGGUAGCCCUAUUUUCACAUUCUGGUUGAACAGACAUGCCGGUGAAGGGCAAGGGGGAGAAAUUGUGUUUGGAGGAAUUGAUCCUAAUCAUCAUAAUGGAGAUCAUACAUACGUCCCUGUUACUAGGAAGGGAUACUGGCAGUUUGAUAUGGGUGAUGUCUUGAUUGGAGGAAAUUCCACAGGAUUAUGUGCGUCUCGCUGUGCAGCUAUAGCAGAUUCGGGAACUUCAUUGCUUUCUGGUCCCACAGCCAUAAUUACUCAAAUAAAUGAAAAGAUCGGUGCACCUGGGGUAGUCAGCCAAGAGUGCAAGGCUGUUGUUUCUCAGUAUGGGCAGCGGAUCCUAGAUCUGCUGUUAAAGGAGAUCGAGCCAUCAAAAAUAUGCUCUUUAGUCGGUCUAUGUACUCCCAAUGGAACACAAGGUGUAAGGGCUGGUAUUCGAAGUGUGCUAGAUCAUGAAGUUGGGAGAUCAAAUGAUGUCAUGUGCCAUGCUUGUGAGAUGGCUGUUGUAUGGAUGACGAACCAACUUGCAAAGAAUCAAACUCAGGAUCUUAUAUUCAAGUACAUUAAUCAGCUAUGUGACCGUAUUCCCAGCCCUAUGGGAGAAUCAUCUGUGGACUGCAGCAGACUUGCGUCCAUGCCUGACGUCGCCUUCUCCAUCGGGGGCAAACAGUUUGUGCUGACACCAGAACAAUAUAUCCUGAAGAUCGGUGAGGGAGAUGCUACCCAGUGCAUCAGCGGAUUCACGGCCAUGGACAUUCCUCGUCCCCGUGGCCCUCUCUGGUUUAUCUGCAGUCGUUGGGAGUGCUAAACACCUCCGAAAUACUGAAAGCGAAUGCUCCAUGAAACAGCUGCGGACUCUGACAAUGAGAACUUGGCGUUGUAGGAUCCUAUAUUCAUGGGAGCCUACCAUACCGUCUUCGACUAUGGCAACAUGAAGAUUGGGUUCGCGAAGGCGGCAUAGGGUUCCCCCAUGGUGGGCGGAUGAGCCGCAGAGCUGUCUAAUCUUCAGGUUGGUUUGGUCUUGGGCAAAGUAUGUAUGUGCGUAUGUUACAUGCUUAAUAAUGCUCGUGUGAUCCGAGAUACCAAUAAACCUGUCCAAUAUAAUGAGGCAGGCUUUCAUACUCA